UUUGCCUCGUAGGGCUAGUGUAUUGUGUCAAAUGUUUUGCAAUUAAAUUUGUGAAUGUUUGCUAAUUUCGUAUUAGUAUGAUGACUGUCAGUAGUAGAUGCGGAAUUCGAAGGCUCACGAAAUGUCGAUGAUAAUUUCUUGGGAUGUAUUUUAGUGAUACGUGAGUUUGAGAAGAAUGCGUUAUUUUGAAAGAGUUUUUGCCGUGACUUAUGACAAGAACUAAUUUGAGCGCGGACCUAAACCUGAUAAUCAGGAUCACUGACAAUGUUUAAUAAAAGCGAAUCUUCUAAAUGUAGUUUUUUGGAACAAACGAAAGCGGCUCGUGAAGAACGAGCACAAGAAAAGAAAAGGGAAGCUGCUGCUAUUCUAUUGCAGUCGCACGUGAGAGGAUGGCUUACAAGAAUACGAUUUACGAAAAAAAUUCUGGAUGACUUUGACGUGCUGUUGCCUCCAGAGGGAUGCGUAGAACUGCGGCCAUCAGUACAAGUGUAUCAGAAUGCAUCCAGGUUUUUGUUUGUAUGGAAAAAAGAACGAGAUAAAGAACGCUUUGAAAUGUUAUGUAGGUAUUUAGUUUCUAGUCUUGAAAGUGACUCGGUGAAGCUGAGCUAUGUCGGUGUAGCCUUAAAUAAAGAAUAUGCGUUGGCCUGGAUCUCUCAUAUGAAGACUAUCUUGUGGAAAUGCUGCAUUUACUUGGAUGAUCUGCAUCCAGAAUACCCAGCAGAUAUGUGCACAAUGUUGUUGUAUCUGCAUACAUUAGUGGCCUUUACAUCAACUAAUACGUGGUUCAUACUAAAAGCAAAGCAUAUGGAAGUGCUGAAAUCUGGAAUGAAUCAACUUUGUGCCAAUAUUAUGGGACAUUUGUUCAACAAGGGCUUUUAUUUAACAUUAAAGACACUGUUGAUACGAGGUCUUGGACGUUCAAAAGUGACAUUGAAACAUGUGUCACUAUCAGCAAUUAUAACAUUAGCACUGCGGCCACUAGUAUCUGCAAAUUUUUCAGAGAAACUGAUGACAAUGUUUUUAAUACAUAUUUUGUGUGUGCCAGGUCUAAUUCUACAUUUGCAGAACCUAGCUCCUGAGUGUGUUUCUGCCAUCAUCAGCCAUGAAAUAUUUGGCAGAAGUUUGGACCUUCUGAAUUUGGAACAGAAUACUAGGAUAGUAUUUAAUGUUCUGGAAGGCAACUAUGCCCUUUGUCUUCUAGCUAAUCUGAUACACCUUGCCUACAUUCAGCGUGAAGAUGCCUUACGAGAACUUUAUUUCCCAAGUUUUACUUUUGUGGUGACUCGACUUUUAGAGAGUUGCCAACAUUAUGUCACGAGCAAGCAGUCAAAUUUAACUCACUGGCAUCCAGUACUAGGCUGGUUCGCACAGGAGACGGACAGUGCACUAAUGGAGUCGAUACCUCACGUGAGGUCACAGUUGCAACUGUUGUGGUCGAGUCCGAUGGUGUCUGCACUGCUGGGGCACGUUCUAGAAGAAGCAGAGCCGCCGGAAAGCUCUGACGGUGUACCACAGGCAGUCGGUGGGACUGGGCUGCUGAGGCGGGCGCUGCUCGAGCACCGUGGGGCCUGCCACUCCGCCGGCCGAAACCGCCUUGGCAGUGCAGAAUGCUCCAAAGUUGCGCUCGUCUGCUCCCUCUACCAGACUGCUCUCGCGACCCUUACCCAGCUGAGACUGGAAGUUCUUACAGGUUUGUGCUAUCAGGAUAAGAUUUUAUUCAGCCUUUGGCAGUUCAUUUGCAGUUUAGGUCCUAACUGUGGCUUGAAGUCUUUCCUGGACCUCCUCACAGUUAAUACAAAGUGUAAUGCUCCAGAGUUUCAGAUGUUGAUUCUCUUCUGCGAUUGCAUGACACAUUAUGUGACAAUUCUUGAUGACCUGGAAAUGUAUGAGCAACAGAAACCUUUUCGGCUGACAGAUUUUGUUGUUAUGUGCAGCUUUCUUAACAACUUUUUGUACAAAGCUAUUGUUGGAAAUCUAUUUGAUGUCAAAAAUCUAAAUGGCAACCAGCUUUUCCAAAUGGCUCAUACCUUGUUAACGGUGCUGUACCGGAGAGACUGCAGACGGAACUAUACUCCUGACAAUCACUGGCUGAUUAAAGAACUGCGGGUCGGUUCAUUUGUGAACGAUUUGGAAAAAGGAAAGAAAACUACUCAGGUCCUUCUCCAGAAGAUGCCACAUAUUAUCCCACAUGAUGAGAGAGUGCAAUUGUUCCGCAAAUAUGUGGCAAAUGAAAAGGCUGUGUUAGGCCUUACAGAAUCUGCUUGUGCAUCACCACAGGCUACAUUAAUUACAAUUCAUCGAUCUCGAAUUGUUGAGGAUGGAUACAGGCAGCUAGCUAUGCUUCCAUCACAAGCACUGAAAGGAGUUAUAAGAGUACGUUUUAUCAAUGCACAGGGCUUAGAUGAGGCUGGAAUUGACCAAGACGGAGUGUUCAAAGAAUUUCUUGAGGAAACCAUUAAACGCGUCUUUGAUCCCUCUCUCAACCUUUUUCGUGUUACGAGUGAGGAGCGGCUGUAUCCAUCUCCUACGUCUUACAUGCAGGAUAAUCACCUGCAACUGUUUGAGUUUGUGGGAAGAAUGCUUGGCAAGGCAGUAUAUGAGGGAAUUGUUGUAGAUGUCCCAUUUGCAUCUUUCUUCCUGAGCCAGUUACUGGGGCAGCAGAAUCAAGUUCUUUAUAGCUCAAUGGAUGAGUUGCCGUCACUUGAUCGUGAAUUGUACAGAAGCUUGACAUUUAUCAAACAUCACCAGGGUGAUGUCCAGGAGCUAGAUUUAACAUUCUCAGUAGAUGAAGACUGCCUUGGGAGGCUGGUGACCCACGAGUUAAUUCCUGGAGGAAAAGCUGUACCUGUGACUAAUGAGAACAAAAUAAAUUACAUACACUUGAUGGCACACUUUCGUAUGCACACACAAAUUAAGGACCAGACAGCUGCAUUUAUUCGUGGAUUUCGGUCAAUUAUCAAUCCAGAGUGGCUCUCACUGUUUUCGACUCCUGAGCUACAAAGGUUGAUCUCAGGUGACAAUGUACCAUUAGAUCUUAAAGAUCUUCGGAAACAUACACAGUAUUAUGGGGGCUUCCAUGAUUCCCACAGAGUUGUCUGCUGGUUGUGGGAUAUUUUGGAAAAAGACUUUACAAAUGAAGAAAGGAAGCUGUUUUUGAAGUUUGUAACAAGUUGCUCAAAGCCUCCUCUACUUGGAUUUGCUCAUUUGGAACCUCCAUUCUCAAUACGUUGUGUCGAGGUUGGUGACGAUGAGGACACUGGCGAUACUAUUGGUAGUGUUAUUCGGGGCUUUUUUACCAUAAGGAAGAAGGAUCCACAAAAUCGCCUCCCGACUUCAUCUACAUGCUUCAAUCUCUUGAAGUUACCAAACUAUCAGAAGAAAAGUACAUUGCGAGAGAAACUGAGAUACGCAGUUUCUAGUAAUACAGGAUUUGAACUGUCUUAAAUUAGACUGAUUCAGACUACAGACAUGAGAUACUACAGAGACUUCUUCAAGAGGCUACUAUUUUAAUUUAAAAUGUAAAUAUUUGUGAAAACAUCAAAUAGAUGAAAACAUAAGUAAUUUAACACUGUAAAUAUGUUUGUAGAUAUCCUGUUUAUAUUUAGCUUAAAUGUGAAUUACCAUUUCAUAAGAUAAUUUUAGUUUUCCAGUCAGUGUUAUGUGGCCAGCAUUUUUAUUGUUGUAUUUGUUACUCUUCUUUCUUCCAAAGAUUUGCUCAUUUGUAAAUUGCUGGAUUACUACAUAUUGUUUCAGUAUGCUAACUCAAGGUAGAACUAAUUAAAUAACAUUGUUGUUGUCAUUGUUGUUACUGUUGUUGUUGGAUCUUCAGUCCAAAGAAUGCUUUGAUGCAGCUCUCCAUUCUACUCUGUCCUGUGCAAGCCUUUAUCUCUCUGAAUAACUACUUCAACGUACGUCUUGUUGAACCUCCUCACUGUAUUCAUUUGUUGGUCUCUCUCUAAAAUUCUUACUCCUCAUACUUCCCUCCAAUCCUAAAUCCAAGAUCCCUCAGUAUCCCAGAAUUUGUCUUAUCAACCAUCCCUUUUUUUAGUUAAGUUGUGCCGGAAAUUUCUUUUCUUCCCAGUUCAGUACCUCCUUAUUAGUUACAUGUACUACCGAUCAGAUCGUCAGCAUUCUUGUGUAGCAUCCCAUUUCUAAAGCUUGUAUUGUCUUCUUGUAUGAGCUGUUUAUCAUCCACAUUUGACUUUCACACAAGACUACACUCCGGACAA